UUGCCAUUUUGUUUUCAACGAAACCGCAGCAAGUGUCACUCUUUCGAUUUUCCCCACAUUUGAUCACAUUGUGGCAGUCCAGAUUAUACACUCUCAUCGUUUUCGUUUUACGGGGCUUCUCAUUUCAGGAUCGCCUCCUGUAUCAACAUAAAUCUUCUGUUAUAGUGAGUUAAUUCUGAUGAUGUCUGACUAGAUCAAACAAUCCUCUCUCAGCUUCCUGGGAUCGCUUUGCAUAUCUUCACUUACCGUAUCUUAUCGACUCAGGACCUUUUCUUCUUCACUGAAAGGAUCACCUUGCUCCUUUUCUGAGAAACGUUUUGAAAUGGGAGCAGUUUUAGCCGUCCCAACUUGUCUCGCUCAGUUGGCCUGCUGCUGUGGCAGUGCAGCAUGUGGCCUAUGCUGUCAAUCAUGUCCAACUUGCCGAAAUUCCACUUCGACGCGCAUUAUGUACGGAAUCAUGCUGUUUUUGUGGACCAUCGUGUGCUUUAUCCUCUUGGCGCCCUCAGUACAGCACCAGCUGGCCGAUGGUUGGGCGAAUAAGUUCAUAUGCGAUCAGAAUGGCACGAAUUCCUUAAUUCCCAACGUUCCCAAUGCGGGCGUCGACUGCUCCAAGGUGGCUGGUUACAGUGGCGUCUACCGUGUGUGCUUCGCUGUGGCCUGCUUCUUCUUCCUCAUGAUGGUCAUCAUGUUCGGUGUGCGCAGUUCCAAGGAUUUCCGAUCCGGCAUCCAAAACGGGUUUUGGUUCUGGAAAUAUGCCAUCAUUAUCGGAAUCUGCGUUGGUGCGUUCUACAUUCCCGGUAAUGACUUCAGUACAGUAUGGAUGUACAUUGGCAUGAUCGGUGGAUUUGGAUUCAUUCUCGUUCAGUUGAUUCUACUGAUUGAUCUGGCCCACAGUUGGGCUGAGAACUGGAUCGGGAAAUUCGAGGAUACUGACAACAAAGUGUAUUAUUUUGGUGUUAUUUUUGUUACGGUUAUGUGCUAUAUUGCUGCCAUCGUGGCAGUGGUGCUCCUCUACGUAUUUUACACGAAAACCGAAGGCUGCCCGUUGAAUAAAUUCUUCAUCAGUUUUAACAUGAUCCUAUGCGUCAUUCUGUCGGUUGUCGCCGUCCUUCCGAAAGUGCAAGAACGACAGCCGCGUUCGGGCUUGAUGCAGUCGUCCAUCAUCAGCUUAUACGUGAUUUACGUAACCUGGUCUUCGUUGAGCAACCAACCUGAUAGCGACGGUCAAUGCUAUCCGAGCUUUAUGGGCGCCUCCACCUCGGGCAAGUCAGUGACCGCUUCCGGUAUUGUCGGUCUCAUCAUCUGGUUCGCCUGUAUUCUCUGGUCCACCAUACGCAAUUCCACAAACAGCAACGUUACCAAACUGACCGGAGGCGGCGAGAAGACAACGCUGGCGGAAUCGAAAGGCGAUUAUGUUCCAGCUCCCGACGCUGAAGGUGCUAAAGUGUAUGAUGAUGAAGAGGAUCAGGUGACGUACAGUUACUCCUUUUUCCAUAUGAUGAUGCUGCUGGGCACCCUGUACGUCAUGAUGACCAUCACCAACUGGCUAAACCCGGAGAGCGCUGGCCAAGGCGUGGAAAAUAUCGCCAUCAGUAAGCCGUCCGCCUGGGUGAAGAUCUCCUCCAGCUGGGUGUGUGUGUUGCUCUACGUCUGGACACUGAUAGCGCCAGUCAUCUUCAAGGACCGGGAGUUCAGCAACUGAGCGAUUCUUUAUUACAUUCUUUCGCAGCUGCUACUAAUGUUGUGGAUUUUAUAUUUUAGCCCAGAACUGAUGCUCGGUUAAGCUUAGUGCUUGCAGUUAUCCUAUCGGGUUACAUACAUAGUUCUGAAACGGCAUUUUACUAUUUCGUCCGUUUAAUAUUCCCUGACAUUUUUGAUCUGUAGGCUUUGAUUUAUAAUUCAUUUUGA